AAUUGAAAAUUGACCUUCGCGUAUCGCUGCAAAGUGUUUUAUUAAUUUUAUUGGAAAUGUUAUAUUUGUAGUCAUAUUGUUUAUUUAGCUGACUUAUUCUGGUGCAGCGAUGACUCAGCCUAGUCAAGUGAACCUCGACAUCGAGGACGAGGCCCCGGCGGAGGGCCCAAGUCGAAGUAAUCCACUUCAUAGGAUGGACUCGGUGUCUCGACCAAUUCCAACAAAUAGAAGCAAUCUAGGCCUCGGCGAUCGGCUAAAUAGUGUCUUUAGAGAAAUCCGACCGCUCGUCGAACAUGCGCGGAUGGGCAACAAUGCUAGGUUAUCACUACCCACAUGGCUACCCAGAAACCCACCAGGCACUCAUCAAGCUGGAGAAGGCCUGCAAAGACCACAAAGUUCUAUAGCUCAUGUAAACUUAGGCCCUGGAUCACAAACUUAUGUUGUAAAUGAGAGAAGUACACCUCUUACUCAAAGACAGUCAAGCCAUGGGAUGAGCAACAGUGCCUCAAAUGAUUCCAAUAUAUCUGAACAAGGUCCUGAACAUGCAGAGAUUAAUGUGUCUGUGAAUCCUUCCAAUAAUAACAAUAUAAAUGACAAUGCUGAUAAUGAUAGUCAAAGUGAAGAUGGGACACAGCAGGUAGUAGAUGUGCGAGCAACACUGAAUUUGCUCCUACGAUAUGCACCGUUCUACUUUAUACUAUUCAUCAAAUACAUGUACGAUAGCCGAGAGGGGAUCUUUACGUUCAUCAUAUUGUUCUGCACCUUCGCACAUGGGAACAAUGUUGUCAAGAGGGAAAAUGGUAAACAAAUGAACCGGAGUAUACUAGCGUUGUUCUGUGAAAUGAUCUUUGCGACAACCACGAUUUUGAUAGUGCACUUCCUGUUUGGACAUGGGAAGUUGCUGCCCAAUGUAGUGAUGUUCCCAGGGUACACGGAACCCAUAGAUGUGUGGGAGCUGCUGUGGCUGGUGGUGCUCACUGACCUGAUCGUGAGGGUCAUUACUGUGGAUAUCAAGCUGCUGAUUACCAUGUUGCCAGCUUUCAUGCUGCCCUUCCAAAAGAGGGGCAAAGUAUACCUUUUCACAGAGGCGGUAUCCCAGCUGUACCGGUCCUUAAUAACCAUUCAGCCGUGGAUAUUCUUCCUCAUGCAGUCGUAUGAAGGUUCGGAGAAGAUGGUGGGAAUGUUCCUCACUUCGGUGUACGUGAUUGCGAAGCUGGUGGAGCUGCUGGUGCGGCUGCGACUCUUCAAAAACGCCACUUGGACCUUGCUGCAGAGUGUGAACUUGGGCACAAAGCCCACCUGUGAGCAACUGGUGUCGGCCGGCGAAGCUUGUCCAAUCUGUCACGACGACUACACGACACCGGUGCGACUCGGCUGCAGUCACAUCUUCUGUGAGCUUUGUAUCGCGGCCUGGCUGGAUCGGGAGCACACUUGCCCGCUAUGUCGGGCUAAAGUCGCAGAUGAGCCCACCUGGCGAGACGGAUCCACUACAUUUGAUUUUCAACUCUAUUAGUAUAUCGGUAUAGUCGACUAUCGUUUGUAUAUGAAUCUGUCACGACGUCUCCACGACACUGGUGCGACUCGACUGCAGUCACAUCUUCUGCGAGCAUGGUAUUGUGGCCUGGCUUGAUCGGGAACACACUUGUCCGUUAGGUCUGGCUAAUGGUGGAUGAGCCCAACUGGUGAGACAGAUCCACUACAUUUGAUUUUCAACUCUAUUAGUAUGAUGGUAUAGUCGACUAUUGUUUGUAUAUGAAUUUGUCACCACGACUACACGACACCGGUACGACUCGGCUGCAGUUACAUUCCCUGCAAACUGCAGGCUCGAUAGAGAUCAAACUUGCCUGUUGUGCCAAGCCAAAGUUGCAGAUGAGCCCACCUGGCGAGUCGGAGGCAAGUCGCCUUCACUACAUUCAAUUUUCAACUCUAUUGCUAAUAUGAAUAAAAUCAAUAUUCUAUUAUAUCUGUCACGAUUAGCAAGUACGACUUGAUUGUAGUCACGUCUACGAAUUUGUCUUUACUUGGCCUGUACCUCCUCGGUGCAUGUUAUCAAUAAUGAAAUAUCUUUAUAUUACUGCUUUAAAAACUGAUAUGAAAUUUUUUCUUGAAGAGGAAGGGAGUUUUUUCCAGUAGUUAGCUAUAUAUUACAGCAUUUGAAUAUAUUUUUUUAAUUUUAAUUCUUGUGGUCUUUUCAAAGUUUUUCCUACACCUUGCUUAUUUUAAAUGUAUUAUGCAAUUUUUUUUCAUCAAGCCACAAUUUAUAAAAUAUUUCCAGAUAUGAUAGUAAUUUUUUGAUAAUAUAAUGUAGUUUAAAUUAGUUCUAAGUCGUUCAUGUACUGUCUUGUACAUAUGUAAAUAAAAUCAUGAAGAAUUACUACUUAUUGUAGAUGUACAAAAAUUAACUAUUUGAUAAUUUGUAAUAUAAAUGUUGAUUUUGAUGUUAAAACUAUAUUAUGAUAUACUUACUAUAAAUCAAUACCUAAAUAAUAAUCAACAUUUGAAUAUAUUUUGAAAUAAAUAUAUCCAAUAUAAAUAUUAUGUAUGAUGAAUUGAUGUUUCCACGCCAAAAAUACAUUACAAUUUACAACAUGUUGGCAAUCCCAUGUCCAGCGUACUUGUAUUAGUAGAGAUCAGUGUACGGAAUCCUAAAAAUAUUUGUUGAAGAAAUUUUUAUCUGACCUCUGCUUCACAUUAUUCCAGUAGAAUUCCAGUCCAGUAAUCUAAUCCAGCGCUUUACUGGCAUACUAGAAUAUUGUAGACGACGCCAUCCAAUCCAGUUGAGCUCUAGAAUAUACUUACUGGAAUCAUUGACUGGAUUAAUGUGAACGGACCGUAAUGUCCCCUCUACAUAGUCCUCACUAUUGAGAGGGCUGGGACCUCUUCCACUAUAAAAGACCUGUACGACCAUCUUAUAAAGCAUAAAAUAGCUUAGAAAUUAUAGAUGCAUUUACCCUCUGCUGCCAAAUGAUGAAAAAUCUAUACAAUGAAACAAAUACCAAGUCAUUUUUACAUUGCAAAACAUAUUGUGUCUUGAGUAUUUUCAAUGAGUUUUUGGCGAGUUUCUUGCUGGUUCUCACUAGAAAAGGCAUUUCAAACCAGUGGUAAAUUAACUUCAUUUGAUUCAACAAAGAACUUUUCUGAUCUGUUCAUCGGAAAGGGUGUUUAUCCAUUUUACAAAUGUAUAAGAAUAUUUUUGAUGAACUAGGUAGCUUAGCCGGUCUGCGGAAUUUUGGUUUUGAAAAACCCCUUUGUAUUUCCGGGCGAGAUAGUGUCCAAUGUAUGUGUGUGUGCGCGUGUGUUUGUUAUGUCUAAGCUUUGUGCCAAUUUUAUUGAAAUCGGUUAAACAAAUAAACACCUUCAAGUUUUUAAUUAUUGUAAGCCUAAAUCAAAAAAUUCUAAUGUUAUAUUUUCAUCCCGCAUGUUUUGUAUAUUAAACAUUUUUAAUUUUAAGUUUUUUUUAGUAUAAAA